UCCAAUUGGACCGUCACGGUGAACGCAUUUACUUUGGCGGCAUUUAAAUUGUUUUGCAUAUUUUCAUAAUUAAUCAAUUGGACUUGUGAAAUUCAUAAGAAUGUCGCUAAUUUGUAAGCACAGCUUGUAUGCUGCUAAUCGCAUUGCUCUCAAUGCUGCACCCGCCGCCCAACGUUGCAAAUCAACAUGGUUCUCCGAGGUACAAAUGGGACCGCCAGAUGCCAUUCUAGGUGUUACUGAGGCUUUCAAGAAGGACAAAAACCCAAAGAAAAUUAAUCUGGGUGCUGGUGCCUAUCGCGACGAUAACACCAAACCUUUUGUGCUUCCCAGCGUGCGGGAGGCUGAGAAGCGUCUGGUGAGUCGCGGCCUGGACAAGGAGUAUGCAACAAUUAUUGGACUGCCUGAAUUCUACAACAAGGCCAUUGAGUUGGCUUUGGGCGAACAAUCGCAGCGACUGAAGGCCAAGCAUAAUGCAACAACUCAGGCGAUCAGCGGUACGGGCGCAUUGCGUGUGGGCGCAGCCUUUUUGAGCAAGUUCUGGAAGGGCAAUCGUGAGAUUUAUCUACCCACACCAUCUUGGGGUAAUCAUGUGCCUAUUUUUGAGCACGCCGGCAUGCCAGUGAAGCGUUAUCGCUACUACAAUCCCAAGAACUGCAAUCUGGACUUUGCUGGCAUGGUUGAGGAUCUGAAGAAAAUCCCAGAGACAUCUGUAGUGUUGCUGCAUGCUUGUGCCCAUAAUCCCACUGGCGUGGAUCCCAGCCAAGAGCAGUGGCGUGAGCUUUCCCAAGUAUUUAAGCAGCGUAAGCUGUAUCCAUUCUUCGACAUGGCCUAUCAGGGCUUUGCCACGGGCAAUGUUGAUGGUGAUGCGCAGGCGGUGCGCAUCUUUGAGGCCGAUGGCCAUGAUUUCUGCCUGGCGCAGAGUUUUGCCAAGAACAUGGGUCUGUAUGGUGAGCGAGCCGGCGCUUAUACGGUUAUUUGUGCGGAUGAGCAGGAAGCCGCGCGUUGUAUGUCACAGAUCAAGAUCCUCAUUCGUGCGCUGUACUCGAAUCCUCCCAUUCAUGGAGCACGCAUCGCAGCUGAAAUUCUUAAUAACAGCGAUCUGCGUUCCCAGUGGCUAAAGGAUGUCAAGUUAAUGGCCGACCGCAUCAUUGAUGUGCGCACAAAUCUCAAGAACAAUCUUGAAAAGCUUGGAUCCACACGCAACUGGCAGCACAUUGUGGAUCAGAUUGGCAUGUUCUGCUUCACGGGACUCACGCCCGAACAGGUGGAUAGUUUGAUGAAGGAUCACAGCGUCUACCUCACACGUGAUGGCCGUAUUUCCAUGGCCGGCGUGACCAGCAAAAAUGUCGAGUACCUGGCCGAGAGUAUGCAUAAGGUGACUAAGUAAAGCGUUUAGUUAUUGGGUCUUCCAUUUAGCUACAUAUCGGCACCUGUACGGAUUUUCCAUCACGAUUGAAAACUUUAGAUACAACACAAUGCAUUUUCUAUUAUCUCACAUAUUGUAUAUACGAUGAAACAAAAACCACAACUCUGCCUUUGAAAAUAAAGCAUUUUUAAAUUUAUAGAGCUCCAA